UGCACACACAAAGUGCUACUCUUCAGAUGUUUGAGAGGAACCUGGUGAGCUGGUAAGCAGGUCAAGAAGUUCUAGUCAUCAAAGAAUUAUACUGAUGGAUCAAACAACAUUAUAGUUUAUAAAGGUUUGACUGCUGUCAGGAAGUUUCACUGUCUGAAGUCAACAUCCUUGAUACCUUAACAAUCUUGGACAGUGUAAAAACCUCUCUAAACUUUUCUAACCCACGCGAGAUAAAACUUGCACUGACAUGGAUUGGAAGACUCUCGAAUCGCUCCUCAGUGGGGUAAAUAAAUACUCGACUGGUUUCGGACGCAUCUGGCUGACUCUGGUGUUCAUGUUCCGCGUCAUGGUGUUUGUGGUGGCUGCUGAGCGCGUGUGGGUAGACGACCAAAAAGAAUUCGACUGUGACACCAAAAGACCCGGUUGCCCCAAUGCCUGCUACAACUACUUCUUCCCGAUUGUCCACACACGUCUCUGGGCUUUACAGCUCAUCUUUGUGACCUGCCCGUCCUUCUUGGUUGUAAUGCACGUGUGGUACCGUGAAGAUCGUGAGCGCAAAUACCAACUCACCCACAGCGACGGGGCCAAACUCUACGAUAACCCCGGGCAGAAACAUGGAGGUCUGUGGUGGACAUAUUUUAUGAGCCUGUUCGUCAAGACAGGUGUAGAAGUGGGAUUUCUUUACCUGUUGCAUAUGAUCUACCACAACUUUGAUAUGCCUCGCAGUGUGGUGUGUGACGUGGAACCCUGCAGACAGGUGACAUGCUACAUCGCAAGACCCACCGAAAAAAGAAUCUUCACAUACUUCAUGGUCGGGGCUUCAGCCGUUUGCAUAAUCCUGAACGUGGCCGAGAUAUUCUACUUGAUCGCCAUGCGCAUUUUGCAUCUCACCCACACGGGAAGCCAUGUCACAAGGCAAAGGUGUGGAGAGCCAGCGUGUGAUGAGUGUAACAUGCCACUGAACACCAUCGACUAUAAAUUAGCUUGUCCUGAGAAGGCAGAAAAGCAAUCCUAAAACAACAGGCUCAUUCAGUAUCUUAAAAUGUAUCAUUUUAAUACAUAUUGUUAUUUGAAAUUUUCUUGCUAUGUUUUUUUUUUUGAAGGAUUUUUAUUUUUGAUUAUUGAAAGGAGUAUUUUCAUCUAAUCUAAAGAUGCUAAUGUCAUUAUAAUGGAGUAAAAUUCAGAGUAAAAUUCAAAACAUUAAUUCAGAGCAUUAAUGUCUCCCAGCUGUUUAAAUGUAGUUGCAAUUUGUGUGUAUAUAU